AUGGGCCAGCCCGUGCCCAUCGACGAGGUAGACCCUGGCUGCCAGGGUGAUUUCAUGAAGCAGCCGGCUGCCGCGCGCCGGCACUUUGUCGGGUUUGCGAAGGGCAGGGGCGCCUGCGAGAACCGGGCCAUGGUCCCCGAGGGCGUGAACCAGAAGGCCGAUUUCAAGAAGGCCAAGGAUGCGAUCGCAAACGACAAGAACAUCAGCGACGCGGAGGAGGUGUUGGAGGAGGAGGAUGGAACGGUCUCGGCUAGGCCCGUGGAGGGCGGAUCGACCCCGUCAGGGAGCGUGGAGGCUCAGCGCCGCGACGCCGAGGAGGGGGCGGAGGAAGAUGGCGCGUCGAGCUCUCGCUCCCGCGGCAUGCCCAAGGAGGAGGACAGCGCCGCAGAGGAGGUCGCGCCCGGGAAGGCGGUCGCUCGGGGGAGCGCGGGCCAGGGCGCGACCGCAGACUUCGGCGCGGAGGAGGAGGAGGCCAACCCUAGGUUGGCGCAGACGGGCCAGCUGAGCAAGCGCCGCGCCCCCAGCCUCGGAGGUUUCGAUGCCCGGGGUGUCCGCCCCGGCGAAGGGGGGGGCGCGCCCGGCUUCGCCCCGCCUUCGACCGCGGACGCAGAUGGGGAUGUGUGCACGGAGGUGAAGUACUCGUGGAACAGCGCGAAGUUCACCGACGCGUUGUGCCUGCCCGAGGGCGCCCCGAUGACCGCCCUGCUCGAGGCUGUCUGCAUCAAGCAGCUGGGGCCAGCGGGCUACGACAUCGCGAAAUGCUCGGCGGAGCCUAAUGUCAGGUGCAGGAUGGGCGACGGCGGCAAUCUGUAUGCAGUCGACUUGGAGCUGGCGGAGAAAGUCACCGUGGGCGAUCUCGCCACUGCCCACGUCGCGUGCCAGAUCCGUACCAAAGUCUGA